CGAAGACCGGGCUGGGCCCGGUCUGGUUGUCAUGAGAGCGGCAGCCGCGGCCACAGCGCUGGGUGUAGACUGCUGGGACUGCUCCUUCCUCGCCACUGAUGCUGCGGCUCGCGGGGGCUGGCGCUCCCGGGGCUGCGAAGUCGGCGCUACCUGAGCUCUGCCGAAGUCGCGGCGCUCCCGGAGUUGGACGGAAGGCCCUGGGGGUCGUGUGGGAGCCGAGGUCCCGCGGCCUUCGGUCCUGACAGCCGGUGCCCAGAAUGCCCCACAAGAUCGGAUUCGUCGUGGUCAGCUCGUCAGGGCACGAGGACGGCUUCAGUGCCCGGGAACUGAUGAUCCACGCCCCGACCGUCAGCGGGUGGAGGUCACCGAGGUUUUGCCAGUUCCCACAGGAAAUCGUCGUCCAGACUGUGGAGCGAUGCCGCAUCAGGAAGCUGCAGCUGCUGGCCCACCAGUACAUGGUCCCCAGCAAGGUCGAGUUCUACGUCAGCGAGAGCCUGCCCGAGUACUUCGCCCCGUACCAGGCCGAGCGGUUCCGCAGGCUCGGGUACGUCUCCCUCUGUGACAACGAGAAGACGGGGUGCAAAGCCCGGGAGCUGAAGUCGGUGUAUGUGGACGCGGUGGGACAGUUCCUGAAACUGAUCUUUCACCAGAACCAUGCCAACAAGUACAACAUCUACAAUCAGGUCGCUCUGGUGGCGAUAAACAUCAUCGGGGACCCUGCGGACUUCGGCGACGAAACCAACCUUGCCUCCAGAGAGAAGCUGAUCGACCACUACCUGGGGCGCGGCGCAGAGGACCCUGCUCUGGAAGGCGCCUGCACAGGGAAGUCCGACUACAUCUCCCCGCUGGACGACCUCGCGUUCGACAUGUACCAGGACCCGGAGGUGGCACAGAUCAUCCGCAGGCUGGACGAGCGGAAGCGCGAAGCUGUCCAGCAGGAGCGGUACGACCUGGCCAAGAGGCUGAAGCAGGCCAUCGCCGACCUGCAGAAGGUCGGGGAGCGGCUGGGGCGGUACGAGGUGGAGAAGCGCUGCGCCGUGGAGAAGGAGGACUACGACCUGGCCAAGCACAAGAAGCGGCAGAUGGAGCAGUACCGCAGCCGGGCCUACGCACAGCUGGAGCUGCACAGCCUGGUGGACGCCGAGCCGAUGAAGAGGCCUUUCAACUUGCCGCCGCAGCCCCUCGCGCGUCCUGGAAGUCCCCGCCGCCAACCACCCGUGCUGCCACCAUCUCCACCAGAAGAAAGGGGGGCAGAGAACCAGCUCGCGGUACCCCUCCUUCAGGAAAAGCCCUCGGCGCACUCCCUGGACGCCUCUCCCCAGCCCUGCACCGCGGACCCGCCAUCCCUGCCCGCCACACACCGUCGCCUGAAGGCCCACGCGCCCUCCGUCGGCCGGUGUCCGCACGGAGCCCGGCAGCCCCUUGCCCUCCCGCAGCACGAGCCCUACGACGAGCGGCCGCUUCCCGCGGUCCGCAAGCUGCCCGCAGCAGCCGCCACGGAGCCGGACAAGAGCGACGUGGACGCCAGCGAGGCGCCCAGAGGGGGAGUGCUGGGCGCACCGGAGCCCCUGACGGAGAAGGCGCUGCGGGAGGCCAGCUCCGCCAUCGAGGUGCUGGGGGAGACCUUGGUGGCCGGGGCCUAUUCCAAAACGUGGUCGCACCGUGAGGACGCGCUGCGUGUCCUGCACGAGCAGCUGACGGACAUGCCGGGGGACACCCCGAAGGAGGAGCUGAGGAGUGUGCUGCGGGCAGCCACCUUCCUGGUCAGGAGAGCCAUCCAAGACAUGGUGACCCCGGUCUUCCAGGCCGCUCUGAAGCUGCUGAAGAUGAUCAUCACCCAGUACAUCCCUAAGCACAGACUGAGCAAACUCGAGACAACGCACUGUGUGGAGAGAACCAUCCCCGUUCUGCUCGCGAGAACCGGGGACUCGUCUGCUCGUCUGCGGGCUGUGGCUUCGAACUUCAUUCAGGAGGUGGCCCUGUUUAAGGAAGUGAAGGCUCUCCAGGUGAUCCCGUCUUACCUGGUGCAGCCCCUGAAGGCCAACGCCUCGGCCCACCUGGCCCUGAGUCAGCUGGACCUGCUGGCCCGGCUGCUGAAAGACCUGGGCACCGACGGCUCGGGCUUCACGGUGGACAGCGUGAUGAAGUUCGCAGUGUGCGCCCUGGAGCACCGGGUGUACGAGGUCCGAGAGGCGGCAGUGCGGGUCGUCCUGGACAUGUACCGGCAGCACCGGGCCCUCGUCCUGGACUACCUCCCCCCGGAAGACAGCACCGCGCGCAGGAACGUGCUCUACAAGACCGUCUUUGAGGGUUUCGCAAGAAUCGAUGGCAGGCCUGCCGCUGCCGAGAUCAGGGCGCAGAAAAAAGCGGCUACAGAAGAAGCAGAAAAGCGAAAGAAAGAAGAAAUUAAAGUCUUACAGGGGCAGUUGGCAGCACUGAAAGAAAUGCAGGCUGAAGUCCAGGAGCAAGACAGCGAGGCUGCCGAGGCAGAGGCUCCGGUCGCUCACAGAAGAGAAGCGGCCCCGCCCUGUGCCCCGGGGGCUCCAGAGAGUCACCACCUGGACUACCUGUGCAUCUUCUGUGGGGAGCGGAGCGAGGCCUUCACGGAGGAGGGGCUGGACCUGCACUACUGGAAGCGCUGCCUCAUGCUGACGCGCUGUGAGCACUGCAGACAGGUGGUGGAGAUCUCCAGCUUGACGGAGCACCUGCUGACGGAGUGUGACAGCAAGGACGGGUUUGGCAGGUGUUUCCGCUGCAGCGAGGCUGUGCUGAGGGAAGAGCUGCCCAGACACCUCAGGAUGAAGGACUGCCACCCUGCCAAACCGGAGAAGCUGGCCAACCGGUGCCCUCUGUGCCACGAGAACUUCGCGCCUGGAGAGGAGGCGUGGAAAGCUCACCUGAUGGGCCCCGCGGGCUGCACGAUGAACCUGCGCAGGACGCACGUGCUGCACAAGGCUCCGCCCCCCCCACAGGGCAGAGGCCCAGCCGUGGCCAAGGCCGGGAGCUCUGGGCCGAAGGUGGGAAGCAAGAUCCCCACCCCGAAGGGGGGCCUGAGUAAGAGCUCCGGCAGGACCUUCAUGAAGCGAUGAUGUGGCGGACUUCUGUCUCCACCUGGGGAUCGAGCAAACCUCCCUCAUGAACCUCUCCUGGAAGCCACCUGCAGGGGGCGGCACGUGCUCCGCCCUGCUGUCCCCGCCUGGCACCCUGUGGGGACGACCAGAGAAGCGGCCUCCUGAGCUGGGACCUGACCUCCGUGUUACAGCCGAAAACAAGCAGGGCUCGCGACGCCCUAGGCCCGGGCAGCCCCAGAGCCCUGUGCUGCCAGGGGGCGCCGGGCAGGGCGUGUGGCGGGGGCACCCGGUUUCCAUGCCGGCUGCGCGGGAGACCUGCGCAUAUGGGUUUCCCCGGCCUCCCGCGGGGAAGGUCUGGCAGGGGAGCGGGAUGGGAGAGCAAGCGCGUGCUCGAACCUCUCCCAGGCAGCAUCUGUCUGCACAGCCCGUGUUUCCCUCUGUGACGAGAAAUAAAAGUUAAAAAACACAGUAGCUCCCGAGAGCGGGUCCCCUCCAGCACUCACGUCUGAUGUCCACCUCUUCCCUGUCCCUCUGAGGACCGCGGUGGAGCUGGGGCUGUGAGGUCACCUUUCUCACACACUGUAUGAUACUGAAAGCCAACACGCCACUCACAAGGACGACACCAAACUCGGAAUCCCGUCUCCUGCCAGCUCCGGACCAGCCCCACCCGCAGAAGUGGUUCCCCUGCCGCCUCCUCCCCAGGCAGCACACUCGGCCACACCCAGCCUCUUCCUGCCCGGCCGGUGUGCCCCAGGGCCCAGUCCGCCCAGACCACAGCCAGCUGGCCCUCUGCACCUCCUCCUGUGGCGGGGCGCCGCCACCCGAUGCCUCAGAUGCCAAGAUAAUUACAAAAUAACCCAUUUUGGCAAAACAGACACGUUGGUUUUCUAAUCCAUUUUUGAGGUGCCGAUAAAACACCUUAAAACAGAACAAUAACAAGAAAAGUUAACCAAGAGAUUUAUCUUUCCAAUCAAAACUUUUAAGGCGUACAUAUGUUUUCCAUAUAUUUUAACUUACAAAUAUUUGCAAAAAUACUUAGCUUUUAGUGGUUGGCAAAAUUGGGUGCAUUUAAAACUGGUUAGCCUGCUGGUUACCAAAGAGUCUCGAGUUUGUGGUGGAGUGACCCAGGGUGAUGGCUGGUGGCUGCCAAAGCUGCACAGAGUUACUGACUGUUAAGGAACCUACACUAGAGGCUGAAAAUGCAGUCAUAACUAAGUGUCUGAAUUUGGGAUGGUAAUUAACAAUUGAAUUUUUCAUGACUAUGUUAUGGGUAUUUAACAACAUUUAUUUUCUAUUUCAUACUUCAGAAUAUUCUAUCAAUCUAAUUUAAAAGGAUUGUAUCUAUAAAUGGGCAUUAUAAUACAAUUGUAAACCCUUUUGAUGAAAAUUUGCAACUUUUGCUAUUUUAACAUAGUUUUCUAUUUGUGUUUAUUCCAGGUCAGGUACCAGAGUUACAAAUUUCUGAGUAAUAUAUUUUCAUUGCUGUUCCAGGACUUAGUUAAUCCACCUGGAACACAUUAAUAUAAUAAAAAGGUCACUCAA